UCGUGCCUUCACCGGCUCGCGAACCAUCUCUUUGAUCUCGGUCGGCUUUGGAUCUCGGUAAUCACGCGCCGCCACGGUGUUUUUGUUCUUCUUUUUCGACUGGCGGUAUCUUUUAAGGGACGACGACCGGUGGCUGGACGGUGAGGUGGUUAAUUUUAAGACAUAAUGUUGAAGAGGGUGAUGGAUACAUUCAUAGUGAUUGGUGAAAUUUAGUGUCAGGGAUUUGUUAUUAAAUUAUGGAUUAAAGUUGAAGCAUGCAGUUAAAGGGGAAGCCGAAAUCGAAGAGUAAAACAAGUAGUGUAGCAAUGACCGCAUUACCGUUUGUCUUCUAUUUCCUUAUCGGUAUCUUCUCUACUAAUUUGGCAGUAGCGGCUAGAAGACAGCAAGCGAAUGGAACUUGGUUACGAAUGGGGCUGGUAUUCGACGAUAUGAUGCAAAAUGACCAAGGACCCCCAUCGUGUAGAGCCUUACCAGGUCUCAGCUCCGGCCAAAGAAGAUUAUGUCAAUUGUACUUAGAUCAUAUGAAUGCAGUUGCUAUGGGCGCUAAACAUACAUUAAGUGAAUGCAAAUAUCAGUUUCACAACAGAAGGUGGAACUGUUCGAUUCUAGACGAUGUCACUGUAUUCGGACGAGUCAUAACAAUAGCAAGUAGGGAGUCAGCAUUUGCCCACGCAUUAGCAUCUGCUGGAGUCGUCCACUCAGUAUCAAGAGCCUGUCGAGAUGGUCAGCUUACAUCUUGUGGAUGCUCACGAAUGGGACGGCCGAAGGAUCUCAAGAAAGAUUGGGUUUGGGGUGGAUGUGGAGAUAAUUUAGAAUAUGGAUACAAAUUCACUCAAAGCUUUGUAGAUGUUAGGGAAAGAGAACGAAAAUUUAAGAGAGGAACGAGGGAACAAGGCAGAGUACUUAUGAACUUACAUAACAAUGAAGCAGGCAGAAGGGCUGUCAUAAAGAAAUCGAAAGUGACCUGCAAGUGUCAUGGAGUGUCGGGCUCCUGUUCUCUCAUUACUUGCUGGCAGCAACUGGCAACCUUCAGAGAAGUUGGUGACUAUCUAAGGGAUAAAUAUGAUGGAGCCACAGAAGUAAGGGUCAACAGAAGAGGUCGUCUUCAACUAAGAGAUCCCCAAGUUACCAUUCCUACAGCUUAUGAUCUUGUAUAUUUGGAAGACUCUCCUAAUUAUUGUAUUAAAGAUAACAUUACUGGAUCAUUGGGAACACAAGGGAGAGUCUGUAACAGAACGUCGCUUGAUAUAGACGGUUGUAACUUGCUGUGCUGCGGACGAGGAUACAACACCGUGAAAAGUGUCAUCAGAGAACGAUGCCAUUGCAAAUUCAAAUGGUGUUGCCAGGUAGAGUGCAAGACAUGUGUGAGAUCCACAGAAGUACAUACGUGCAAAUAAUCACCUAUUGACAACACUAUAGUGAGAAAGUGAGAAUACUUAGUGAUAAGACGACAGUGCGGGUCGAAAUGACAUUUAUAAACAACAAACUGUAUCGCCAAAUUGAGGCUCCUUCCCAAAAAAAUACGAUUUUGGUUUUAAUUUUUUUUUGAAAUUUGUAAUCUUCCGAUCAAUUUUAUUUCUAAAAUUUGGAAUUAAGGUUAAAAAAUAAAUCAAAAUAAAAGCCUAGUGUCGCAUUUAUUUCAUAAGAACUCAUUAUUGUUCUGAAGCUAUUUCUCUGUGGCAUCUUAUGCAAUUUACUAUUUUACU